GACGUCUCACAGAAUUAAUGUAUGUUAACUCAAGCAGUCAGAAUGUUACCUACUGUACACUAUCUACACUAACGCAUAUGUGCCGCUAACCACCAAUGUACUACUGGCCUACUAGCCGUGGCCAUUAUCAGGUCAUGGAUCCAGCUCCGUACCUUCGUGCAAUAAAACUGCACAUAACGAAUUACGUGCGUGUUAUAUACUAACUCCCGUGACAUAGAGAUACUGUCGUGCUGUAGAAGUAUUUGCACGAAGGUGCGCGAUCCUUCAUGAAAGUAUCACUGGAAUUUACCGCAGCGCCGCAAAGUUUUUCCGUGGAAAGCGCUUAGCGGCACGCAGCAUCUCGCGGUCACCUGCUCCGUCUCCGUAGCGGUAACGGGGAGGGAGCCGCGCUGCGCCACUGCGCCCCGUCCUGCGCGAUCCCGGCGGAUCCCGGCCGGUGCCUCGGUCCAAACCCCUGGAAGCAGCUGCGCUGCAGCCUCCCAAUCACUAAAGCAGGAGAAUAUGUUGCUUGAAAUCUUCUUUGGCGUAGAAUGUUUAAUAUUUCAAUAAAACGAAACUUUACAGCUACGUUGAAACCUCAUUCACUCUGAUUUGGAUGAAAAGAUGCUUCAGUCGUCUAACCACUGUGGACCACAGCUAAAAAGGGUUUUUAGGCUCAUUCAGUUAGACUGAAGUCCGCACGAACAAUGCAAUAUUUCCUUCGCUCACUGUUUUUAGUGUUGUUCCUGGUACAUAUCUGUGAGUGCCGUCAGGAAAGCAGAUGGACCGGGCAGGCGGGACUUCACAAGCGGGGCGCCCGAUUGUCAAGGUCUGGCGAUGCCACCAAAACACGCAAGAUAAGGACUGAGCAGCUGCUGCGGAUCGACGAUCACGAUUUUACCAUGAGACCGGCCUUUGCAGGACCGGCAGUCCCCGUGGGGGUGGACGUUCAGGUAGAAAGCCUCGACAGCAUCUCCGAAGUGGACAUGGACUUCACCAUGACCCUGUACCUGCGGCACUACUGGAAAGACGACCGCCUGGCCUUUCCCAGCACCACCAACAAGAGUAUGACAUUCGAUAGCCGACUGGUGAAGAAGAUCUGGGUGCCUGAUGUCUUUUUUGUUCACUCUAAGAGGUCCUUCAUCCAUGACACUACCACAGACAACAUCAUGCUCAGGGUGUUUCCUGAUGGACACGUACUGUACAGUGUGAGGGUCACUGUGACAGCUGCAUGCAACAUGGAUUUCAGUCGCUUCCCACUGGACUCACAGACAUGCACCUUGGAACUGGAAAGCUAUGCCUACACUGACGAGGACCUCAUGCUCUACUGGAAGAGCGGAGACGACUCCCUGAGCACCGAUGACAGGAUCUCUUUGUCUCAGUUCCUUAUUCAGAAGUUUCACACAACCUCCAGGCUCGCUUUCUAUAGCAGCACAGGCUGGUACAAUCGGCUGUACAUCAGCUUCACCCUGCGUCGCCACAUCUUCUUCUUCCUGCUGCAGACCUACUUCCCGGCCACGCUGAUGGUCAUGCUCUCCUGGGUGUCCUUCUGGAUCGACCGCUUGGCCGUCCCUGCCAGGGUCUCCCUCGGCAUCACCACGGUGCUCACCAUGUCCACCAUCAUCACCGGAGUCAACGCCUCCAUGCCGAAGGUCUCCUACAUCAAAGCCGUCGACAUUUACCUGUGGGUCAGCUUCGUCUUCGUCUUCCUCUCCGUUCUGGAGUACGCUGCAGUGAACUACCUGACCACUGUGCAGAACGGGAGAGAGCAGAAGCUUCGGGCAAAGGCCAAAGAGCAGUCCCUGCCAUGCACCUGCGGCCUGUCCCACGCUCGGGCCGUGAUGCUGGACGGGACAUACAGUGAGGUGGACACCAGCAGUCUGGCCAGCUACACGCAGCCUCCCGUCGUGCCCGACGAGGUGCUGGAGAAACAGGAGCGCAUGGUGGUGCAUCUAUCUGUCGACAGGGAGUCAACAACCACUGCGGGCAAGAAGAAGGGCCAGCGGGCUCUCGGCCUCAUCCAGAACACCCACGCCAUCGACACCUACUCCCGCAUGAUCUUCCCAGGGGCCUACGUCAUCUUCAACCUCAUCUACUGGUCCGUUUACUGCUGAGCUCAGACCCGGCUGGGAGACGUAUCUGGAUACACAGCUCACCUCAGUGGGAAAUCCUGCAGUGACAGAACUUACAGAGGGUCAUAUGGAUCUUAUUGGGCCAUCCUGGAUUGUCACCAUUAGGUACAGCCAAUGGCAGCCAUUCAUCAGUAAGAAUAGCAGCCCCUUUUACGUUGGUGGUAUACUGACGACCAUAUUGUUAAUGUGUUUCAGAUCCUUGCACUGGCCUACAAUACAGUGUGUGUUGAGUCAGGGCCAUUUUCUUCAUCUUGCCAUCGGUACCAGUCAAUUUCUUAGGCUUGGCUUGACAUCCGCACAUUAUAGCUACUCGUACAUAUUAUGCCAUCGGCGUCCUGUCAGUGAUGGGACCACGAUGCUGGCUGAUUCUCUUGAUUGACUGUCGUCUCGGUACCGUUCUCCCCGGGGUUCUGCUGGUUCUGUCCGGGAGCGUGGUGCUGAAGGGCAGAUAAGCAGGUGAUACCGCCCUGGUACCCGUGCAGUAAAGCUGUGCUCACGUCAAACGCCACAGCCCAUCACCACCUGGGGUCAUUUUAGGCACUAAAACAUCUGAGAAAAUGCUAAAUAGCAUCAGCAAGAACCUGGACACUCAUGUUCUAUAUGUAGGUUAAAUAAUCAGGAUAUUUAAACUCUCUGCAAUACAGGAAACCAUUUCAAAUGUGAGCAUAAACAAACACCUUUUAGGUAUUUUAUUAUAAUUUGUUCCACUCUCCGACAAUGUGAAUUGAAGUUUGCAUACUUUAUACAGAACUCGUUUAAUCAAAGAUACACUGGCAUUGAAGUAUUUUAAUUAUUUUGUGUUUAUGCGUUUUAUUAUUUAAUACACCAUCAUUAUACCUUGACACUAGACAGACUGUAUUGGAUCAGAAUUUUUUGUUUAUAUAACUCAUCAGCUAUUUAUUUCAGAAAAAUCUGAAGGCUGUUUCUCAGAAUCUCACACAGCGGGGGCUCAAGACUCCAGCAUCUUUGAAGUUUAAUUAGUGCUGAAGAUGAAAUGUCAAAAAUGUAAAUAAUGUCUGCUGUUCAGUCUUAAAUCCGAUCA